AUGGCUUGGAGUUACGUAAAAAUGUCAAUGUUCGGGACAGCCGCAGCAUACUCCAACGACGAUGAGAUCAUAGCCGCGGUGGCCAUCCUCACCCAGAUGCCACAAAAACGCCCUUGGGGAGGUUCGGUCCCAAGCCACAAGACAUACAAGCGUGAUCGACUUACAGCAGAUUGGCAGCUGAAUCAGGACUACUUCAUUGAACGUCCACUUUACAAUGAGGAGCAUUUCAGAAGGAGGUAUAAUCUUUGGUCCAGUUUCUAUGUCCAUGACACUUUGUUUUAA